UACAGGGGCGUCCUGUCUUCCCUGAGGCCGAGCGAGCGAGCGGCACUCUGUGUGGGAGAGGAGGCAGGCACGGGUGGCAUGGCCUCUGACUGUCACUGGCUCCAUCACUUUGAAGUCCUGCCAAGAGAGGUCACAAGGGGAGGGCUCUUCCCAGUGCUGCCUGUCCCUUCCCCGGCGGAGCGGGGGACAGAGGGACAGAGUCCCCAGAAAUGUCCCUGCUGAGAUGCAGGCCGCAGACCCUGCCAUCACGCUGCCUUUCUGUGCUGUUCCUGGCCUGCUUUGUAGCAUCCGUGUCUACAGAAAGCUUAAGCCCCACGCCUAGCCCUGAGAGCAGCCGCUGGAGCCUGGUAAGGGCCAGGGUGAUGGAGAUGGUGGAGCCGCUGGUGACCAGAACCAGGGAUAGAUGGCAGUGGUUCUGGGGCCCUGGAGCUGUCCAGGGCUUUGUGCAGACCUACUAUGAAGAUCACCUGAAAGACCUGGGUCCCCGAACACAGGCCUGGCUGCAGAGCUCCAGAGACCACCUCCUAAACAAGACUCACAGCUUGUGUCCCAGACUGCUCUGCAGGGCCCGGACCCAGGGUUAAAGUGCCAGGCGCCUCCCUCCCCGGCACCCACAAUAAAGGUGUUCGUUCUUGAUCUGUGCU